CCGUGAAAGCCCCUGGGCCUGUUUCCGGUAGCCUCCUCUGACACCGCGCUGUGCGACUUCGCUGGUGUUCGCUGAGUUUUUUCUGGAGCUCUGUAGGCAUGGCGGCGGCUUUUCGCAAGGCAGCGAAGUCCCGGCAGCGGGAACACCGAGAGCGAAGCCAGCCUGGCUUUCGAAAACAUCUGGGCUUGCUGGAGAAAAAGAAAGAUUACAAACUUCGUGCGGAUGACUAUCAUAAAAAACGAGAAUUCCUCAGAGCUCUCCGGAAGAAAGCUCUUGAAAAAAAUCCAGAUGAAUUCUACUAUAAAAUGACGCGGGUUAAACUCCAGGAUGGAGUUCAUAUUAUUAAGGAGACCAAGGAAGAAGUGACACCAGAGCAGCUAAAGCUGAUGAGAACUCAGGAUGUCAAGUAUAUAGAAAUGAAAAGGGUUGCAGAAGCUAAGAAAAUUGAAAGAUUGAAAUCAGAGCUCCAUCUGCUGGAUUUCCAGGGGAAGCAACAGAAUAAACAUGUGUUCUUUUUUGACACCAAAAAGGAAGUUGAACAGUUUGAUAUUGCAACUCACUUGCAAACAGCCCCUGAACUAGUUGACAGAGUCUUUAAUAGACCUAGACUAGAGACCUUGCAGAAGGAAAAGGUGAAAGGAGUUACACGUCAGACUGGACUUAAGCGGAUAGCUAAAGAAAGACAAAGGCAGUAUGACUGCUUGACACAGCGGAUUGAACGGGAGAAGAAAUUAUUCGUUAUUGCCCAGAAAAUUCAAACACGAAAAGAUCUUAUGGAUAAAACUCAGAAGGUGAAGGUGAAGAAAGAAACAGUGAACUCCCCAGCUAUUUACAAAUUCCAGACUCGCCGGAAACGUUGAAGUGUUAUAUCUUCAAAUUUCAUUAGUUCAAAUGGCCUGGUGUUCCUGUUGUUAACCAUGAUUUGUUACCAGUCUGAUACUUGAUAUCUUUCUAUAAAAAUAUUAAAGUCCUCCCCCAGUAUCACUGCUUCUAUAUUAUGAAAGUAGUCUUUUAUAUAUGGCACUUAAAUUUUUUCAUUAUAAAAAUCAUAUAAUCUCAUAACAAAGUAGAAAAUAGAUGACUACAUUUCUCAUCCCAGUACUUAAGUAACAACAAAUAUUUAUUGCACAGCAGGUGCCAGCUCUGUGGAGGUAAACAACCACUGUAAGCAUUUUGGUUUACUUUUGCAUUGGAGAGCUAUGUAUGUAUCAGUUUAUGUUUAUAUUUUUGUGUUUUCGCUUUCUAAUUAUAGUAAAUUUUAUAUCCUAA